ACAGGAAUGUUUGACUGUUAAGACACUAUUCAAAGUCAGAGUAUAGAUACAGUUACUUUCAAAGAAACAGUUUAUUGACACGCUAAUAAUAUAAAACUAUAGAUCAUCACUCUAAAAUUUCAUCUAGAUUCAGUUCAGAAGCUAUAAUUAUACAUGACAGUGUAGACGUAUUAUAUAAUUUUAUGUCAAUAUAAAAAUCGAUUGUCUUACCAGCUGUAUUAUUAUAGACAAAGCUACGAUCAAAUGGCAUGUUAUAUAAUGCUGACUACAAGGACAAUGCUUUUUGUAGCACUCUUCAUUACAACACCAACUAAAGGAUUUCUUUCAUUAACACCAAGUGAUGUGUCGGUACCUGAAAACUCACUCCUACCAUUGAGUUGUGUUAGUUCUAACAACCAGCGAGUCAGCUGGUUUAGGAAUGACCAGCUACUAACCAACACCAAUGAAACACUACUAACAUUUGAGAACUUUACGUCAUCCUCAGGAACACAGUACACAAUAUGGACUCUCAUUCUGUGCAAUGUAAAUUUUCAACAAACAGGAUUGUAUGGAUGUAGCAUGGGAAACACUGACCAUAGUAAUACAUUCAAUGUGAAGGUUCAAGCUAUCACUAAAGCUAACUUUCAGUUAGUGCUUGUUGGAAUGAACAACUGCCGUGAAUGGAAUCCUAACAACAGUGUUCAAUCCAAUGAGCUGAUAUCUCAAAUCAAACAGUCUGCUCUACACAGUGUUUGCACUACCCAGUCACAACAAUGCUCUUACGACAUUAUCAAUCCAUCAUUUGAGUGCUGUGGAAAAUCAGCGACAGAUGAGGUUGUCUUCACCUCUACUGUUGUGGUCCAGUGCAGCUCAAGUAGUCCAUCAAUAACCGCUGAUGAUGUGAUUGCACUCAUUGAGAUCUGGAAGAAUGUUGAAGAUCAAAGGAUCAUUCUUAAUUCCCAAGUUCUACAUUUGGAAAAAUUGUUUAGCACAAACACAAGCACUUCAUGGACUCUGGCGUGCAACAGCACCUUAACAGAACAGAAAUAUACAAACUGGAUUGUAGGAGGAGCUGUAAUUGGGAUAGUCGUCAUCUGUUCGACCAUGGCUGUUAUCGCUGUGAUCACCAGUCUGUAUAAAAAGAAAAGCCGAAUGGCCUCAAGAAUACAAGAACAUGCUCAAGUACAACCCAGGCAGCAACACACUGCACACUCUCUUCACCUUCACACAUCCUUCUCUAAUCCAAAUGACAUGGAAGUUGCACAAGCCUCUGACAUACUGAAUGAAAAUAUUGCAUAUGGGCACCGCCCCCCAUCCUCAAAUUCAGUGAAUACUUCUCACAGUCAGGAGGGAUCACAAAUUGACAUGGUGGAGUAUACCACAGAUGUCCAUCAUGUGUACGAUGAUAUUGUUCCUCGCCCAAUAGUACCACUCACCUCCGAAGAUGAGAUAUACGAUGACGAGCAAGCCACUGUUACUACCAAACUACUGUAGCGCACUAAUUAAGCUGCACGAUUAAACGCUAAAGAGUAGAGGAUUUUUGUGACACUCGUACUAGGUAUAUAUGUAUACACUGUGCAGAUAUAGAUCUAAAAAGUAUAUUGUUUGUUAUUACCUAUACAAAUGCUCUGCCAAUCCUAAUUACAACCUUGAAGUAAUAAUUAUGAAGCGCAGACUGA